ACAGGUAUGUCAGAUUUGAUGUAACCUUUACAUCGGAUAGAGAUAUCUCUGUACGUACAGCAGUCAUACGCAUAUAAGGUACAUUUGCAAGGUUUCGUUUUGGGGGCGGCCGGUAAAGCGGAGAAGUUGGUCAGGCUGGUUCCACCAACAACAACGACAUUGAUGACCAGUGGGCACGGCGGUGUACUAGGUAAAGUGCAUAUGCAAGUAGUACAUAUGUAAGUUAAAUCUUCCCGGGGGUUUUCAAUCAGUUACCGAAAAUGAUCUGAAGAAGGCUUUGACAUUUCCAGAUAUGUUAAACUAAAUUGCAGGUAGAUUUUGAUUCUCAAGAACUUAUAUAUAUGGCUCUCUCUACUUCCUCAAUAAUAUCCAUCCUCCAUCUCUCAUCUCCCCAACUCCACUGUCUACUACAAUUUUCGCUUUCAAUCUCAAGUCUCUUGAAUAUAUAUACUCACCACGCGCAAAUUCCCUGUGACAACAUCACCAUGUCCAGCCAAACUUCCAACAUUGCCGUACAAGGCUCCGUCACUUCUGGGUAAGUUUAUGCCCUUUCAUUUGUCUUCCUGAGCCCUCUUCUCUUCCAUAUUAUUCCUCCCAUUCCAUUUUUUUCAACCCUCAUCCACUGCCCACUUUCAGCUGUGCAUACUAUCUCUUUUCAUUUUGCUUUGUAUAUGCAUUGCUGUCGUACUGCUGCUUCCUUUCCCGCUUCCUUUCCUCUCUUAAAGCCAGAUCUUUUCUUAUCGGACCAUCUAUCUUAUUUCAUUCUCAGUCCCUACAUCCAUCAUCUGACUCUCAUCCACACUCACUCGUCUUUUGCGCUCUUCUUCUUCAACGGCCACUCGUACCGGUUUUUUAACCACGCUUCUGCCUAUGCCUUCUCUUUAUCUAUGCGACAACUCAUUCUGUCAGACAUCAGUCUCGGAACCUUUCAUCAUUCCUAACACAUGUCAUCCAUUCUUUCUUUCGUAAUGAUCAAUCUUCUCCCUACCUGCACUCAUUCGUCAACCAAUACAUGCUCACAUACCCCUUCACACUCAGUCACAACUACACUUCCACUUCCACUCCUCGAACAUCCAUCAUCGAACAAUCUCGUCUCUCGGCCAACCGCAUCCAAACCUAUCUCAAUCACCCUCAUCACUCUACCACCUAUGCAUCAUCUACCCAAACCCACAAUGACCAAGCAUCAGUCACCCAACACUAUACAACAGCUGCUGCCAAAAGCAUCCAGGAGUUCGAGAAUGCUUUUAACCCCAAGACUCGUGGUCAUUAGCACUCGCCGAAUUGUUUUGGAUUUGGAUUAUGCAUCAUAACAUGUACUCAGACCUUCAUCAAUCAUUCACCAAGCCUACAAUAAUAAAAUAUCGAUCUCCCAACCCUAUGCGACCGCUGCUGCCUGCCGAGAACGUCUAGGAGUUCGAUGAUGCUUUUCAUUAGCACUUGCCAAAUGGUCUGGGCUUGGGUUUACUCGAUUAGGGAUAUCACAUGGGCAUUAGGGAGGUGACUUUGAUGACUCGCGACAAAGGUGUUCGAGUUUUAGAUUUCGGGGUUUAUGGGAUAGAUGAGGAAAGGAAAUUUAAAUGGAUUGGAUACAGGAACGGUAUAUAACGACCGGAUAAACUUAUGAGCGAAGCGAAGGAGUUGAUGUACCUA